AUUAACAUCAUUAUUAGAUCUUUUAACUAAUUAAAUUGAUUCAAGUACCGUCAUCAUUUUUUUUCUUAUCUGGAUCAGGGACGGCGGCAGAAUUCGAAUUAGAAUGAAAACAAUACCAAGAAAAGAUUAAAAAAGAGGGUAUCUGUUGAUGCCUUAGCCGAACAGUGUAUGGAAGAUUUCAACAAUUGCGCCAACAAACCGACCAAAAACUCCUCUAUCCUUCAAAAUAAUAAUCUAUACAUCGCUUUGCGCCAACGGUGCCACGAUUCGUUAAGUCUCUGGUAGCUGUCGUUGAGGCAUUACAUCGAAUAAGAUAUGCGCGACUUUCUGUCAGAAGCAGAGGAUAUCUUCUUCUCUACUGAUUCUCCAAUUUUAUUCCUUCCUUCCUCUCCUCAAACAACAGCUCACACAGCUAGAUCAAAUCAACCCAUUAUAUGUAUUGUGAUUUGUGAUCGAAUCAAGGAAAGAUGGCAGAUUGGGGCCCUGUUGUGACAGCGGUGGUGCUGUUUGUGCUGCUGAGUCCUGGAUUGUUGUUUCAGUUACCUGGGAAAAACAGAGUGGUGGAGUUUGGGAACAUGCAGACAAGUGGGUUGUCGAUUCUGGUCCACACCAUCAUAUUCUUUGGUCUCAUCACAAUCUUCCUUAUUGCAAUUGGUGUCCAUAUCUACACUGGAUGAUCAGUGCACUACCCUCGGAUCUCCCCUGGUUUGUACCUGUUUAUGGCUUU